AUGAGUCAUCAGCAUCAAACGUGUAAUCAUCCUCGACAGGGGUCUCUGGGUUUUCUGAACGUGGGGGGGACCAGAUUUAGUACCUCAAGACAAACUCUAAUGUGGAUUCCAGAUUCUUUUUUUUCCAGUUUGCUGAGUGGAAGAAUUUCAACACUUAGAGAUGAAACUGGUGCUAUAUUUAUUGACAGGGAUCCAGCAGCAUUUGCACCCAUUUUAAAUUUCCUUAGGACAAAAGAACUAGACUUAAGGGGAGUUAGUAUUAAUGUCCUCAGGCAUGAAGCAGAAUUUUAUGGAAUCACUCCAUUAGUGCGAAGGCUGCUCCUGUGUGAGGAAUUGGAGCGCUCGUCGUGCGGCAGUGUCCUCUUCCACGGCUACCUGCCUCCACCAGGUAUUCCUAGUCGUAAAAUAAACAACCCAGCUAGAUCCUCUACUGAUUCUAGGAAUGGACAAAAUUCCUCAGAAGGUGAAGCUCGGGCAAAUGGUACCCAGCCUGUCCUCUCUGACACUGGAGAAGAAACUGUUAGGCUAGGAUUUCCUGUGGAUCCACGAAAGGUGCUAAUAGUAGCUGGCCAUCACAACUGGAUUGUUGCUGCCUAUGCUCAUUUUGCUGUAUGUUACAGAAUCAAAGAAUCUUCAGGAUGGCAACAAGUGUUUACAAGCCCAUAUUUGGAUUGGACUAUCGAACGAGUAGCUUUAAAUGCAAAAGUGGUUGGAGGCCCACAUGGGGACAAGGACAAAAUGGUUGCUGUUGCCUCAGAGAGUAGCAUCAUCUUGUGGAGCGUCCAAGAUGGAGGAAGUGGAAGUGAGAUUGGAGUGUUCAGCCUUGGCGUUCCUGUGGAUGCUCUCUUCUUCAUUGGUAACCAGUUGGUGGCCACAAGUCAUACAGGAAAGGUGGGCGUGUGGAAUGCUGUCACUCAGCACUGGCAGGUUCAGGAUGUUGUUCCUAUAACUAGUUAUGACACUGCCGGGUCAUUCCUCCUCCUGGGCUGCAACAACGGAUCCAUAUACUACAUCGAUAUGCAGAAGUUUCCUUUGCGAAUGAAGGACAAUGACCUUCUUGUAACGGAACUUUAUCAUGAUCCUUCCAACGAUGCUAUUACUGCAUUGAGUGUUUACCUCACACCCAAGACAAGUGUCAGCGGCAACUGGAUCGAGAUCGCCUACGGCACGAGCUCGGGGGCCGUGCGCGUGAUUGUGCAGCACCCGGAGACUGUGGGGUCCGGCCCCCAGCUGUUCCAGACGUUCACCGUGCACCGCAGCCCAGUGACGAAGAUCAUGCUGUCGGAGAAGCACCUUGUGUCAGUCUGUGCAGAUAACAAUCAUGUCCGCACAUGGACAGUCACACGAUUCCGGGGAAUGAUCUCUACUCAGCCAGGGUCUACGCCUCUAGCGUCGUUCAAGAUACUUUCUCUGGAGGAGACGGAGACUCACGGAAGCUAUUCCUCUGGAAAUGAUAUUGGACCUUUUGGAGAGAGAGAUGAUCAACAGGUGUUUAUCCAGAAAGUUGUUCCCAUCACUAACAAGCUGUUUGUAAGACUUUCCUCCACUGGAAAAAGGAUCUGCGAGAUCCAGGCCGUUGACUGCACCACGAUAUCCUCGUUCACAGUGAGGGAAUGUGAGGGGUCCAGCAGGAUGGGCUCGAGGCCACGGCGCUACUUGUUCACUGGCCACACGAACGGCAGCAUUCAGAUGUGGGAUCUGACCACGGCCAUGGACAUGGUCAACAAAAGUGAAGACAAGGACGUAGGUGGCCCCACUGAGGAGGAGCUGCUCAAGCUGCUGGACCAGUGCGACCUGAGCACCUCGCGCUGCGCCACCCCCAACAUCAGCCCUGCGACCUCCGUGGUUCAGCACAGCCGGCUUCGCGAGUCAAACUCCAGCCUUCAGCUCCAGCACCAUGAAACCAUCCCUGAAGCAGCUACUUACGGCUCCAUGAGGCCUUAUAGAGAGAGUCCUUUGUUAGCGCGAGCGAGGAGGACUGAGAGCUUCCACAGCUAUCGGGACUUUCAGACUAUUAAUUUGAACCGGAAUUUAGAGAGAGCCGUCCCUGAAAAUGGUAACUUUGGUCCAGGACAAGCUGAAGUGAAACGGGCAACAGGGGAAUGUAAUGUGUCUGAGAGAAAGUCUCCAGGAACAGAAAUAAAAGGUUUGAGAGAAACAGAUAGUGGAUUUGAAGCUCAUAAAGUAGCUGAAGGUUUUCUGGAAUCCAAGAAAAGGUCCUCAGAAGAUGAAAGUGAAAAUAAAGUAGAGUUAAGAAAGAAAGGAUUUGAAGGAGGUGUAUUCCUCGGAAGAAAGAAAGGCCCCUACCUGGCAUCAUCCCCUAGUACCUCUGACGGAGGCACCGACUCACCUGGUACCGCGUCCCCGUCCCCGACGAAGACCACACCAUCUCCCAGGCACAAGAAGAGUGACUCUUCAGGCCAAGAGUAUAGUUUGUAGCUUAUAUAAGCUCCCCCAAAUUGUAUGACAUUUCAAUACAUGAACUUUUACACCAAACUUUACAAAUUAAAAUUGGACUUUGUUUCGUAUCUUUUUAACAAAAUUAUCUGGAAUAGGAGAUGGGUCCUUUGGAAAAAGUUUAAUUUUAGUUUUACAGAUACCACUUAACAGAUCAAUUUGUAAAACAAGAGUCCACUCUCAGUGCUUAGUGACUCAGCUAUUCAUUGUAGAUUUUGAAGUGUAAUACCGUAUCUUAAAUAAGACGAUGCCCGUUAGAUGAGUUUCACCUUACAGUCUGGGACCAGCAGACUGCAUCCCUGGUCUUGAUUAUGCCCGAGACUUGUCUUGCAAUGUGUCCUUAAUUGGAUUACAAAAUUCUCUUUGGAACUUAGCUCCCAACCCUUAUUGUGAUUGCAAAGUGUUUACCGGAUAAUGCGGUGCUAUGUUUGUGAAAAAAUGUAAUUCAGAAACACUAUUAAUGUUGAAUAUCACUUGACACUGUAGAAGUCAGUCUUUUUUUUUUUUUUUUUAAAUUGUGGGUCAUUUUCUGAUUCUUAUUGUUGGAGUUCUUAAGUCUUAGUAUUACCAGGAAAAUUCCAAUAUUGCCAGGAAAAUUCCAAUAUUGAUCAGAAGAGGCUUAUUUAAACUUUAAAAGUUGGAACAAUUUGAACAGAUUAAAUUAUCAAAGACAAAGCUUUGAACUUGGGGACGGGAAAGGCAGUAGUUGCCAGUCUACCAUAUUUGAGCAGGCAGAUGUCUUUCCCAUUGUUAACCAGAAUAUUUCAAUUGGAAUGUGACUAUUUUGUUAAACUUAUCAGACUGCAUUUUUUGGCUAAAGGUUUUGACUGCUGCAAAAGUUAAAUUUCUAAUAUUUUGAGUUGUAAUACAAAGUGUUUUGUACUUUUUCCAUCGAAAUGAUUUUCAAGUUUCUGCAAAAUAGGUAAUUGUAAAUUUAAAGCAGUAAGCAUUUAUUGGUGAAUAAUGUACAUAGGUAUUCCCAUUCCAAAAAAACAAGUGAGUGAAGUUUAAAUAAAUUCUUUAAAGUUUA